AUGUCGCCAACAUCAAAACUGUAAAUAAAAACUCUAUUUUAUAGUAGUGAUUAGUGAUAGUGAUUGGGAUAAAUAGAGAUAGGAAGGAAGGAAGGUUAGUGAGAGUGAGAUUAGCGAUUGGCGAAUGGGAAGUGCGAAGUAAAUUGAUGAAUGGGAGAAAAUAACAACACCAAAGUCUCGUGCAUGUGAAAUUGUAACUAUUAUCGAACAGAAAAUUAUUCUAUUGGGAUAAAUAAUGUCAAUAUCACGAUUUUUGGAAGGUUUGCCUUCUUACAACGCAAAUAACUUCACCAAAUUCCACGUAGAUAACAAUAAUAGAACGCCACUUAAAAGACCUUCUGUGUACGUGCCAACUAAAGACUAUCCUGCUGAGCAAAUUAUCGUUACGGAGAAGACGAGUAUAUUACUAAAAUAUAUGCAGCAACAUUGGGACAAGAAAUAUAAUUUGAAAAAGAGAGAUACGAGCCCCCUAUCGCACGAGCCAUCUAAGAAGAAAGCGAGAUUGGAGACCACUAGCAGGGAAAAUUCUCGAGAUUACGGAGUUCUUAACGAUUAUUGAACGCACGAUGUUCUAUUUAAGGUUAAAUCCAACAAAAUGAUUUUUUCGACUUCUCAUAAAGUCCAAUCCAUAUGUUCUCUUCUUUGCCAUUAAAUUAUUAAAAUCAUAUUCUGUUCAUUUUAGAGUGGGUUUUUGAAUGUAAAUGUUUGUUGGAUCGAAUUCGUAUACAUGAAAAGUUCAAAUAUUUUAUCUAUAUACAUGUUAGAGCAGAUUGUACAGAUGCACAUACUCGUUUUAUCACAAAUCACAUGCAAAGUAAUGUGUCGCUAAGGAUUUAAAAAUCUUUUCCAAAUUGAAUAUAUGUUUUGUUUAGAGUCUCUUGCUGAUUUUGAUGAAUUUCCUCUGCUUUUGUGUAACAUAAAUUUCUCUCAAAAAAAAUACGAGGAAAAUUAUCUGAACAGCGUCAGCAAAGUAUUAUCUAUGGUGUUUUGUAAGUAAUAUAUGGGAAAUAGCAAUCUCGAGUUAUUUUUCUAGUGUAGCAUUCAAUUAUAAAGAUAUCUCAUUUAUUUUAAAAUUGAUGUAUGCAUGUUAUUCAACAGAUUAAUUAUACUUAAUAGAGAACUAUCAUAGUAAUUUCGUGUAAUUAGAUAUAUCAUUUAAGUUGAAACAAAACGCUGUUGCAAUAUCCAAAAAGCAUCUAUUCUAUAAAGGUUCGAUACUUUACAAUUCCUCCCUAUUCAAUUUUAAACGAUUACAAAAAUUAAAAUGGAGUUUUUGGUGCACUAUCUUUUCUAUUUGAACCGAUUACAGAAAUAAAAACCUGCAAUGUGUAUUAUUUUUAAGUAUACUCUUACUUUAUGUAAGGCUUUUAAUGUGAUCUGUUCAAAAAUUUUAUUUCUUUAUCCACCUCUACUCAUGUGCUAAGUUGGUUUCAGUUAUUAUUUUUGUCAAAAAUGGUGCCCCUAAUAAAUUUUUUUGACCUCUUCAGAAUAGUAAAUGAAUGCUAAGAAUGUUGAGGUAAUAGUGCAACA